AAGCAUAAUCUGUCAAUGGGCUUGCGGAGCAGGGGAACAUCACCCCCACAAAUGCUAGAAAUUGCGAGCAUAUUCCUAUUCAAGAAUCAGUUUUCGUAUUUGUUCAUGGCUUCUCGGACCAUACCAUGCCCAUUGAGCUCAGCGGUGAAUUUUUCAUCAAAAUCCCAUAUUACUAGCAAGCCAUUGUCUUGCGUAACUUUUGGAGCGCUAAACAAAUCCAGACCCAGAAUUUCGGUCUCAAUUCGUGCGAUGGGCUCUUCAGCUUCUUCUCCAAAACCAGACAGGGCCAGCAAAGUAGAUUAUAGCUCUGUAAGUGAUGAGGAGUGGAGGAAGCAGCUAACAAAGGAACAAUUUAACAUCACACGGCAAAAGGGUACAGAACGGGCAUUCACUGGGGAGUACUGGAACACCAAAACCCCUGGAACAUAUCAUUGCAUCUGCUGUGACACUCCUUUGUUUGAAUCUUCUACCAAAUUUGAUAGUGGGACUGGGUGGCCAUCUUAUUACCAACCCGUAGGCAACAAUGUGAAGUCAAAGAUGGACUUGUCUAUCAUUUUCAUGCCUCGUCAAGAAGUUCUAUGUGCAGCUUGCGAUGCUCAUCUUGGACACGUGUUUGAUGAUGGUCCUCCGCCUACUGGAAAGCGUUACUGCAUCAAUAGUGCUGCCCUGAAAUUGAAGCCAAAGUAAAAAUGUGUUGUGUAGCAGACGACCAAAAGGUAUCGAUUUCAUGACAAGUAGAAGAUAUCAAGCUGCAGAAUUUCUUCACAUGCAGGGAUGUAGCUUUUAUUUUAAGCUUGAGGGUUACUUCUGUGUGAUGUUUAAGUUCAUUUCUACUGAUAUGUUCACAUAUGUAAUAUUUGUGUUAUAAAUGUACACAUACAUUUUCAGCAUACUCUACGUAAGUGUCCUACAUGUUCAUAGGUUC